UACUUCCAAGUGUAUGGUUGUGACUUGUGAUCAUAUAGAUGAUAUUUUCUACAGUCCCUCGCUCUGUGCUCUUUUUGCCUGAGGCAAUCACAUCAUUUGAUAUUACCAUUUCUAAAGGAAUCUGAGAGAGGAACAUAGCAGAACCUUCAUGAAUGAAGAACAGGACAAACAUAACAAAUAUCCCUACUUCAAGAAAAUUCCAAAUUAAAGCACCAGAAGCUUCCCAUUUCUCACUAUUUUAAAGCAAAAUCUGCUCCUUCCCUCCAACUCAAUUUUUGCGCACUACACAAGUCAUUGAAGAAAGAGUGCAACACCACAAGCCUCUUGUAUUAUCUCAUCACUACAAAUUCAAACUAGGUAACUACUUUGCAUUUAUAAAAUGUCUUCUGCUCUAUCUCUCUCUGCCUCCCCCACUUUGAUCCACAAGCCUCAAAAUAUUUCCAAGCACACCCCAUGUCCACAAACUCCUUUAGAUUUCAAAGUUAGCAAGAGGAAGCUAUUAUCAUCAACUGUGAUUGGAUUGGGACCAAAUUGGGUUGGGCUAUCUGCUGCUCAGCCUACAAGAGCUGAGCCAGAGAGCCCUGUUGCUUCCACCUCAAGUAGAAUGUCAUACUCAAGGUUCCUGCAGUACUUGGAUGAAGGUGUUGUCAAGAAGGUGGAUCUCUUUGAGAAUGGCACAGUUGCUAUUGCAGAGAUAUUCAAUCCAACAUUGGGAAAAAUCCAAAGAGUCAAAAUUCAGUUACCCGGGCUACCUCAGGAGCUGCUCAAGAAAAUGAAAGAUAAAAAUGUUGACUUUUCUGCUCACCCCAUGGAUGUAAAUUGGGGGGAUGCAAUGCUUGAUUUGUUGGGAAAUUUGGCCUUUCCUUUGAUACUCCUUGGCAGUCUACUCCUCAGGACAUCUUCAAGAAAUUCUCCUGGUGGUCCUAACUUGCCCUUUGGACUAGGAAGGAGUAAGGCGAAAUUUCAGAUGGAACCAAAUACAGGAGUGACAUUUGAUGAUGUGGCUGGAGUUGAUGAAGCCAAGCAAGAUUUCCAAGAGAUUGUUGAGUUCUUGAAGACUCCAGAGAAGUUUUCAGCAGUUGGAGCCAAAAUUCCCAAAGGAGUUCUCUUGGUUGGGCCACCAGGGACUGGAAAGACAUUGCUGGCCAAGGCAAUUGCAGGAGAAGCAGGGGUUCCAUUCUUUUCUCUGUCUGGGUCAGAGUUCAUUGAGAUGUUUGUUGGUGUAGGGGCUUCAAGGGUGAGGGAUUUGUUCAACAAGGCCAAAGAAAAUUCACCUUGUUUGAUAUUCAUUGAUGAGAUAGAUGCUGUGGGGAGGCAGAGAGGUACAGGUAUAGGUGGAGGGAAUGAUGAAAGAGAGCAAACACUGAAUCAAUUGCUCACUGAAAUGGAUGGUUUCACUGGAAACACUGGAGUUAUAGUUAUUGCUGCCACUAACAGACCUGAAAUUCUUGAUGCAGCAUUGCUCAGACCUGGGAGGUUUGAUAGGCAGGUUUCUGUUGGACUACCAGAUAUUAGAGGGAGGGAAGACAUACUGAAAGUUCAUAGUAACAACAAGAAACUUGACAAGGAUGUAUCUCUUAGUGUUAUUGCCAUGAGAACUCCGGGUUUCAGUGGUGCAGACCUGGCAAACCUCAUGAAUGAAGCCGCCAUUCUAGCCGGUCGUAGGGGCAAAGAGAAGAUCACAAUGAGAGAAAUUGAUGACUCCAUAGAUCGCAUUGUGGCAGGGAUGGAAGGAACCAAGAUGACUGAUGGCAAGAGCAAAAUUCUUGUGGCUUACCAUGAAGUUGGACAUGCUGUUUGUGCGACACUGACCCCAGGGCAUGAUCCAGUACAGAAAGUUACUCUAGUUCCCAGAGGCCAAGCUAGGGGCUUAACAUGGUUCAUACCAGGUGAAGAUCCUACUCUUAUCUCUAAGAUGCAACUGUUUGCUAGGAUAGUUGGAGGCUUAGGGGGUAGAGCAGCAGAGGAAGUCAUAUUUGGUGAAACUGAGAUAACCACCGGAGCUGCUGGGGACUUGCAACAAAUUACACAAAUAGCAAGACAGAUGGUGACAAUGUAUGGCAUGUCUGAGAUUGGACCAUGGGCAUUAACUGAUCCUGCAGUGCAAAGCGGUGAUGUAGUGCUGAGGAUGCUGGCAAGGAACUCAAUGUCAGAGAAACUAGCUGAGGACAUUGAUCAAGCUGUGAAGCAGAUAAUAGAGAAAGCAUAUGCAAUCGCAAAGAAUCACAUAAGGAAUAACCGGGAUGCAAUUGAUAAACUUGUGGAUGUGCUGCUUGAGAAGGAGACUCUAACUGGAGAUGAAUUCAGAGCAAUCUUAUCAGAGUUCACUGAUAUUUCUUCAAUUAAGAUAGAUAGAACCUCUAUCAGAGAAAUGAUCGAAGCAUAAGUAUAGUUUCAGUGACAAGGCAGACUGUUAUAGCUUUGUAGGACAGUAGGAUGACUUUGUACAUGAGUAUAUAAGGAUUCUAAUCCAGCAGCAUUCACACAUUCAAAGAUUUUGAGUCAUCCGAUCACUCACUCAUUCAAGGAUUUUGAAUCAUCCAAUUAAGGUUGGAUGACUCCGAUUCUGAGUUACUAUUUCAAUUUACUUAUUAUAUAUAA